AACUUGUUCUUGGUGGGAGAAAUUAACAAGGAUCCUCUUUUCCAUUUGUGCUAAAUAUGCAAUGAAAGGAGAUUUCAUGGAUUCUUUAUCACCAGCUAAAAGGAAUACCACAAAGAGACUGACUGAACUAGUCAUGGUCUGGAAUCUUUAUUUUAUAUACUUGAUGUUUUAUCAAAUAUGUCAAUACAGACAGCAAACUAGUUUUGGGGAUGCUUUACGGAAAGCUACUGCCUUAAAGUAGAUGUUGUGAAGCUUGAUUCCUGGAUUUAAUUUCUGGAAGAAGUUCUCAUUUGAUUGGACGCUUGAUUGCUACAAUGGAUCAAAACAACAGUAUACCAUCUUACGCUCAGGGCUUAGCAUCCCCACAGAGUGCAACGACUCCAGGCAUCCCUAUUUUUAGUCCUAUGAUGCCCUAUGGCACUGGGCUCACACCUCAACCUGCUCAGAGUACCAACAGUUUAUCUAUCCUGGAAGAACAACAGAGACAGCAGCAGCAACAAGCAGCAGCACAACAGUCCACUUCACAACCAACACAAGCAGCAUCUGGUCAAACCCCACAGCUCUUCCACUCACAGACUUUUACAACGGCUCCUUUACCAGGAACUACACCGCUCUACACCUCUCCCAUGACUCCCAUGACCCCCAUAACGCCUGCCACCCCUGCUUCCGAAAGCUCUGGGAUUGUACCGCAGCUGCAGAAUAUUGUAUCUACAGUAAAUCUUGGUUGCAAACUUGACCUAAAAACCAUUGCCCUUCGUGCUCGAAAUGCUGAAUACAAUCCCAAGCGUUUUGCUGCUGUAAUUAUGAGAAUAAGAGAGCCACGUACCACAGCUCUCAUAUUCAGCUCUGGAAAAAUGGUGUGCACAGGAGCUAAAAGUGAAGAGCAAUCCAGGCUGGCUGCGAGAAAGUAUGCUAGAGUUGUACAGAAGUUGGGCUUUCCUGCAAAAUUCUUGGAUUUUAAAAUUCAAAAUAUGGUUGGUAGUUGUGAUGUAAAAUUCCCUAUUAGACUUGAGGGAUUGGUUCUUACUCAUCAACAAUUUAGCAGUUAUGAACCAGAAUUGUUUCCUGGUUUAAUCUACAGAAUGAUCAAACCAAGAAUUGUACUGCUCAUAUUUGUUUCUGGAAAAGUAGUUUUAACUGGUGCAAAAGUCAGAGGUGAAAUUUAUGAAGCAUUUGAAAAUAUUUAUCCUAUUUUGAAAGGAUUCAGAAAAACGACGUAACAGUUCCGUGUGCUUAUUCAUGAAGCUGGAGCACAUUUUUAAAGGUAUUGAUUAUGGCACAGCAGUAACACACAUAUCAGGACUUGGAAUAUUUUCCCAGAUAGUGCCUCUUUCCCUGUUUUUCACGGGAAGGGAACAUAUCGUUGUGUGUUUCGUCUGCACUAAGUUACUGUGCAUUGCUUCACCAUGUUCUCACAAAAGAAAAACUGAGCUUAUUUAUAUUUCUGGCUCUUAAAAUGGCUAAUUUUAAAAAUCUGAGUCUUAUGCUGACAAGCUGGCUAAACCGUAUUAUCCAACAUUUAAAACUCUGGAGUUACUUACAGUAUUCUUUCAACCAUGGAUUUUAUAACGAGAAACGUUAAUUUUAUGCUUUUAGACCUACUUCCACAUUCCCUACAUUUCCAGUGUUCAGCAGGACAGAAACUUUGCUAGUGAAGACAGAUGGCUGUAUAUAUUUCUGAUUUGUGAAGCAAUUCUAAAUGUAUAAUUACUUGACUAAUUUGAAUAGUAAAAUUUGUGGUCAAUUUUUGCUUUUGCUGUUUUAAUGUGCUAAUUGCAUGCAUAUAGCUAAAAUAACUUGAUUUUUAUAAGAUUUUUAUUAACAAUCCAGUAUUAAAGUAAUGUUUUGCCAUUUCAGUUAUUUUUGUGUUGUUUCUUAGUAGUGUUUUACUUGGAGGUCCUUAUCUCCAAGAGGACUUACAGCUACAGUAUAACAUUUUCCUUCUAGUAUUAAGAGGAAGAAUGUGUUAAUGAUAGAAAUAGCUUUGUUUCUAAUUGCUUUUUUCCACGAUCAGAAAAAAAGAACAUGAAGCAGACCAGGUGCUGUACUAGAAGGGAACAUGAAUUCUGUACAUCCAGAACCCUCAUGUCAACUUAUCCCACCCAUACUACUGUAUUCCUAUUAGGUUGGGGUGGAGAGGGAUUUAUACAUAUUUAAGUACCAAAGAAAAAAAGUAUUUCUUCCUCAUCCCUCUCCUAUAAAGCAAGUAGGUGAGUUUCAAAUAUAAUUUAUCUUCAAAUUCCUUCCUUCCUUCCUACCUACCUACCUACCUACCUACCUACCAUGGUCAAUUCCUGUAGAAGAGGUUGAACCAUUCAAUACCAAAAUGACAAGACUUUUAUCUCCAUUUUAUUUUUAGUGUGAAUUGAUUGAUAAUUUCAAUGAGUGAUUUCAGACCACAGCCAUUGAAAGGAUGGGAUGUACUGUAUUCAGAAAUAUACAUAGCUUAUUUCAAUUUUUAUUGAAUUACAUUGUAAAUUAUCAUGGAAACUUUGAACUCAAAAGUAAAGCUACCUGUCUAUUUGUACUUCAAGUCUAUCCCCAUUGGUUUAUUUCUACUGCAACAACAAAUAUCCAUUAUUCAUUUUGUGACUUGUCAGCUAUAAGCCAACCAAUUUCUUAAUGGAAACAACCUUUUCCAACAAGUUGAAUGUGAAAAUUCUAGACUCUUGAAUGAGUGAAUGUCUCCUCAGAUAUGAGCAGCAUAUUCCAGCCAACAUACUGAAGAGUAUUAUUUUUAAAAAAUGCUUUGUUUGCCUUUUUACUCACCUGUAUGUUUCAAAAAUGUUAAUCUUUUAUUUCCAUUUCUCACCAAAGAAACUAAAGAAUCGGUUCCUGGAUGGGAUGAUCCCGCUAUAGUGUUCCAUAGUUAUAUAAUGGAAUAAACACUGGAUUCCAUAUUUCUAAUUUUAUUCCAUUGCCAAAGCUUUCCUGGUUGAUUAAAUUAUACUGUAUUUCAAAGUAAUUAGUUCUUUGAAUCAGACUAUAUUACCAUUACUUAUAUUCUACUUCAGGAUAUAAAUCAUUCCUAAGGUGGCACCCAAAAUGAGCA